UGGAGAAUUUUAUCUUAUUUAGGAUAAGAGAAAAGAAAGUGAAAAAGUUUCCACAAAAUCCACCAAUUCGUUUUUUUCCUGUUUCAUUGGCGGUGCUGCCCAUUUUUUGUAAAUAGUAUUCCAUAUCGAUUUUGAUCAUAAUUCAUGCAAAUGUGAUUAGUAAUCAUUUGUAGAUGGUAUUAUGCCCAACCACCACAUGUCGUUAAAGCCCUCUAUUGGAAAACGGCGGACAUCGACCGCAAAAACACUCACUUGCUAAGAGAAGAGCUCAUAUCUAAGAAGAGAAGCAAAGAGAGAAAGAGAGAGAGAGAGACACAGAGAGAAAACAAAGUUUGUUUACAACAAUUAAGGUCCUAUAUAUUUGUUGUUGCAAAAUCCGAGGGCCUGGCAAAGUUUGCUUUCAUUCGUCUUUCUCGUUUGCUGACAUAUAAAACAUAAAGAAGACAAAAAGUAAUUGUAUUUCGCAGGUAAUAAAACCUCAAUUAGGUGAAAUAUUUUCUCGCUAAAAAGAUUUUGACAUUAAGUUGGGCGCACUGAAAGCAAUAAUUAAACAGAAAAUGUAAAAUUCCUCCAGAUGUGGCUACUCACUGCAUUCAAUGUAUUCUCUCCUUUCAAACGGACAAAAAUGGAGUUUAUAUAUGAAUUGUGAUAAGUAACAGGGAAUUUUUGUAGUACGGAAACUCUGUCGCAAUCUUUUAUAAAAGCCUAUUGUCUCCUUACAAUCGACGCUUCAUUGCUGGAAUCUUCAUUUUGCACGUGCAAACUUGGCAACAAUUUCAAUUACUUACGGUAUCACGUUUUCUCUUUGCAAAGUUGGUACGACAUUAAAGUAACUAAAAGGAUAAGGACUUUUUAGUUACAGUUAGCACAAAAACCAUUUUGGAAAAAGCAUAAAUCAAUAAUAUGCCGCGUGGACCUAAACGCAGCAAGUCUCGACAAAGCGGCCAAAGCAGCCACGAUUCCGAUUUUCAUAGCAAUCUGGAAACACAUCAGUAUCAUCAGCAAAAUGGCGACACUCACAACAAUGGAAAUCAACAACAUCGUUGCGGGUUAUGUCUUAAGCCGGCAACUCAAGCAUGUGAAAGAUGCGGAGAUUGCUAUUGCUCCCGAGAGUGUCAAAGAAAAGAUUGGCCUGAUCAUCGCCCAAUAUGUUUUCGAAUGCCACGCUUGGUUCCCAUUGGUUGUGAGCUAGAAGAUGACAACAUAAGUUAUAAUGAAAUCCCGAAAAUGUCGGAUCGUGCAUUCAGUAAUAGUUACGAUGCUCACGAUGCGCAACCGGAAAACGCGGCGGGCAUACCAGCGGUAAAAGCAAACAGCAUUGGAGCAAUGAAAUCGGAAGAUCAAAAGACGCUUAAUGGAGGUCGAUCUCAGCUGAGCCCAGAUCAAACAUUAGCAACUAAAUUUCCUAAGCAUGGCAGCUGCGUUAUUUUAAUUACUUUUCGCACACCUAAUCGUUGCUACAUACGCUCAUCGAAUCCAUCCGAUGUGGAAGCAUACGUAUCGUUGUUGAAAAAAGUCGAACAAUAUGGCAAAACCGCACCACAAUUGAAGAAUGUUUCAAUCGAUGAUUAUGCCAUAGCAUUGCGCGGACGGAUAUUCCAUCGUGUACAAAUUGUGAGUCGAAACGAAAAUCGUUAUCGCGUUCAUUUCAUUGACCACGGUAACUUAGAACAUCGGUCCUUGAAAGAACUGUUUGAGAUAAAUGACGAAAUUGUACACCUGCCCCGUUACGCGAAACUUGUACAGCUUCAUAAUGUUAAACGCUCGGUAGGAUUGGAAAAUUUUACGAGAAAAUUCUCUCCCUACGACAAUAUGGAAUUUAAAAUUUUGUAUGUCAGAGAAGGUAUGGAAAUACCGUUGGUUAAUCUACAUCACUGGCAAUCCAAUAAAUUGUUAAAUGAGGAGAUUGCAAAGCUUAUAAAUAAUAGUACUAAGCCGAAGGAAGGAAACGGUUCGAGUCAAAAUAAUGAUUGCAAAGAUUUUAGACAGACAGAAAGCAGCAAUCAUAUUAGAAGACCAUAUAACGCGACGAAAGUAAAGGCUGAUAUGAUUAUUAACCCUCGAUCUGCAGAUAACAAUACUACAGUUCAGAACGCAAAUAGCGACGUCGAAAUAGGGGAAAGCGCAAAAGAUGAUCUAGUGGAAGUUACAAAAGAAUCGAAACAUGAUAAAGAGGAUAAUAAUAACAGGAAAGAUGUUGAUGAUAACCUACUCUCUAAAGGAGCUGUGCCGAAGAGACCAGCGAUGCCAACUAUCGUCUCCAAACAAAUUGAAUAUCCUUGCAUGAAUCCUCCUUUUAAAGUGAAUAAAUUUUCUAUGGAUGCAAAAGAUUUCAAUGUGGUUGUCUUGGAUAAUGGAACGAUUAAUUUUGGAUAUGUCGGUUGCAUACCCCAGGCAGGUGUAGAUUCUUUAAAGGAACUACAAACUUACUUGGUUAAAGAAUACGAAGAUGACGGGCACAGCUACGAACCUAAAUUAACAGAAUAUUGUUUGGCAAAAUUUGAUGGAGAUUGGUAUCGUGCAAAAGUUAUUGACAGUCCUCUAGAAGAUGAGUACACUGUAUAUUACAUAGAUUUUGGUAAUGAAUUAACCGUUCGAAGUAAGGAUAUACGACGUUAUCCAAAGGAUUUGAUUGUAGAUUGUAACACUAAUCUUUCUUUAAUUGAUGGUCUACCUGAUCAAAUGGAACAUGAACAAAUCGAAUUUUUAAAAAACGAGUUAACUUUCUAUUCAGUUCUUAAAGUAGAUUCCGUCAUAGAUAUUGACGAGGACCUAGUCGUUAUUAGAUGCAACGAUCUGUUAAGAAAAAUGAAGGAAAAUGGUCUACUGGAAGACAAGGUGAAAAGACAUUUUUAAACAGCAACUUAUGAUAUUUU